AUGGCCCCUCCAUUCUCGCCGUCUGAGGAAGAAGCGAUACUGGGAGAGGAAGAUGAGAGCAUCCCAACUACAAGUACCGGUAGAAACCCUCCAAUUCAAAGUGAAAGUGAUGUCGGCAACCAACACCGCCACCACCACCACAAGUUGGAAGACAAUGCGCUUUCCAAUCCCAUCCUGAUGGACCAUCUUUUAAAAGCGAAUCUAUCAGAAUCAAAAAAAGACGCUGCGGAGAUAGAGGAAGAAGCAGAAAAACGGAAAUCCAGAAAACUAAUAGAUCCCUAUGAUCAACCACGAAACAUCAACAAAGUGACUCUGGAGAUUCCAUUGUUGCUUCAGUAUCCACCCGACACAACAAAAAAGAAACAGAAGAACAAAUCAGAAGACGAGUUUCCAAAACUAGUAAACUUGUCACAGAAUGCAAGAUGUUCCGUCCACUGCUAUGUUCCGCCAUCUACCCCCGAUGGACGGUGGACGUCGAGUAUCAGUGGCAACACCAAUGUCUUUUCGACGGUGGGAUCCGCCAAUGGUGCCGCGGAUAUUACCUACAAAUGGUCUCCCAGAUUCAGACUGCUGGGAGGAUUCAAAUUACUGACAACCACAGACUCUCGCCCCUUGCAACUGCAUGUGGGAGCACUCGUCAAGGAUCCCAAGGGUCCAUCAUCGAUACAAGCCUCGUUACGGCAACAGCCCAAGAAUCACUGGGCGAUAAAUAUUCAUACACGGGAAAUUAUGGAUCCUUGGAUCAUUACUUCCGACUUUGGUUGGCAGUCCAAAAACAGCAACCAAGGCAAAGCCGUGGUUUGGAUAUCGUCCAUGACCACCCAUGUGGUGAAACUGGGCUUUGGAUGGCAUCUCAAAACUGGAACAUCCUCGUGGCUCACGCCCAAUUCUCUAGUCCAACUCGUCAUGGAUCCCAAACUGUCCUCGGAUCGUCGAUUGCCAGUAUCCUUGCAAUACCAACCAACCAGCAAGACGUGGAAUGUCGGCGCGACACUCUUGACGGUACGAAAGAACCAAAAGUCCAAAGUCAACAAGGCACCGACAAAGGCAAAUGGACCAUCCAUCAUACCGGCAUCAUGGCGGAUUGGAAUACAAGGAGGCGGAAGUACAGCCCUCUUGUUCAAAUGGUCGCUCGUGUUGGCCUGGCAACAAGGUGAUGUGACACUGAGGAUCCCCAUUGUGCUGGGCACGGCAGCCAGUCUCCUCCAGCGAUCCGAGACGACCAGUAAGACCAGAAGUCUGGUGGAUACGGCCACGCCGUUUCUCGUCAUUGCCAUUGUUGGCAUGGCCAACGAAAUGCUCUCACGCUUUGUUUGGAGCAACCGUGAGGAGGAAGAAUCCGGCGAAGCCACAACAACAUCACAAUCCACCGUUUACAAGGCCAAAGCAGACGCAGCAGCGCAACAACGAUUGAUGCAACGACAAGCCGAGACAAGAACUGCCCAUGAAGUCGAAAAGAAUGGAUUGGUCAUUCAGUCUGCCGUCUAUGAGUUUGGGGAUGCAUCGUCCUUGGACGUCACUAUCCCACUACAAUUCUGGGUUCAGAACGACACGUCCACGUUGAGACUAGCGGAGGGUUCCAAGCAACAUCUCCUAGGGUUCUACCCAAUCAACACAACGACAAUCGACGAAGACACGACUACUAGAAGAUUGGAGAACAAUGCACUGGCUCAACAACAAGGUCGGAUUCCUUGGUGGCAGGAGUACUGGACACCUACGUCGCAACGCUCCAAACCAAAGAAAGCCUCCAAGGAAGAUCCAACUAUCUUGAGACCAACGUUGAAAGUGCAAUAUUCCUAUGAAGGGAAAGAGUUUGAGAAGAAUGUGGACGACGAUGAAGCUCUAAAUCUUCCUGAUCCUGCAGAAAUUGGAGCAUAG